AUGUCAUCAAUUCUCCGCCAGAUAGUCGCUGGUCCAAGACAACAACACCCAGAAGCAGGGCUAGAUCUCUGCUAUGUCACAGACAAUGUGAUUGCAACCUCCGGCCCAUCAGCAACAUAUCCACAGCGCGCCUACCGCAACCCACUACACGCCCUAGUGAACUUCCUCGACACGAAACAUGGCGCAAACUGGUGCAUCUGGGAAUUUCGCGCCGAAGGCACAGGAUACCCCGACUCAGAAGUCUACGGACGCAUCCACCACUUCCCCUGGCCAGACCACCACCCACCGCCAUUCGCGCAUAUUCCAAACAUAAUGGGCAGCAUGCGAAACUGGCUACAACGACUAGACGAGGGGAAAGAAUCACCAAACACCGACACAGACACGGACACGGACAAAAACCAACGGGUCGCCGUCGUACACUGCAAAGCAGGCAAAGGACGCAGCGGGACGAUCGCGUGCGCAUACUUGAUUAGCCAGGAGGGGUGGAAGAAGGAAGAUGCGCUGCAGCGGUUUACGGAUCGACGGAUGCGGGUCGGCUUCGGGAAUGGCGUUAGCAUCCCCAGCCAGCUGCGGUAUGUCGGGUACAUCGAUAAGUGGGCGAAUGAGAUGGGGAAGCAAUAUGUCGAGCGGCCGGUCGAGAUCCUAGAAGUUCACAUCUGGGGCUUGAGGGAUGGGGUGAAGGUUGCGGUGGAGGGGUAUGUGGACGAGGGAAAGAAAAUUAAGAGUGUGCAUCUCUUCCAUCGGAACGAGCGUACCAUCGUUGAAGACGAGGGCUCGACGUCUGAGGAACAAAAUCCUGGCAAGGGGAACGAUGUCACCACGCCAAAUCCAACCUCCAACCCCAAGCUCGAGAACACACUCCCUUCAUCGGCAACCUGGUCCCCGACCGUAUCAGGAUCCGACGUCUCUGGCUCGUCGUCCUCGGCGGGCAAUAGUAUCUCGGCAAUGAUCUUCAAACCCAACAAGCCGAUCAUUGUCCCCAGCUCGGAUGUGAACAUCGACUUCGAGCGCCGCAGCAAAGCAUCCUACACGGGCUUCGCGAUGGUAACUUCGAUCGCGCACGUCUGGUUCAAUACCUACUUCGAAGGCGGAGCCGAGCACGACUCGGGCGUCUUCGAGACGGAAUGGGACGCGAUGGAUGGGAUCAAGGGAAGCGCAAGGAAAGGGAUCCGGGCGUUAGACAAGCUGAAGGUUGUAUGGCGAUAUCCUGCGGCCGAGACCGUGGAAGCUAGUACAGCCACAAAGAGCAAAGACAAGGGGAAAGGAAAGAAGAGCGAGGACAGCAUUCCGGCAGCGGGGAGGCCGAUCAGCGAGCCCAAACCCGGUGAUCCCAUCCAUGAAAGCGAGCCGCCUGACUGGCGUGGACUGCCACAGGGAGAUAAGAAAGAGAACCGGCAUCCUUCUGGGAGUAUCUCAGACAAAAAUAAGGAACUGGGGCAUGCGCUGGAGAAAGAACUUGGGCUGCGGAAGCAGACGGGGGAUAGUCUUUCUGGGAGUGAUGAUGAAACCACAACUACUACCGAUGAUGAGGGCCGGAAGGUCAACGUCACGAAGGUGCAUAGUGAAGAGCUUGAGGGGGUGAAGACGCAGUAUGUGAAGAAUGGGGGGGAAUAG